GCUGCAGGCAGCCUACUAUAGCUCACCCCUUCCCCUCUCUCCACCGUUCUGAGACUUAUAUAAGCCAUUGAAGCUCUCAGGGCAAGGGGCCGGGGGGGAGGGAAGAUACAUGGAUAGAUAGAGAGAGAGAGUGUGUGUGUGUGUGUGUUAGGGUUAGGGUUUCUCGAGAGUACGAGGGAAAAGCCCAUUUCUCUCUCUAUCUCUUCUUACUUUUGUGUGUUGAUGGCCGCACACAACAACAACAUUCCGGAGUUUUCGUCAACGGAGACAGACUCCGAUGAGGAAAUGCAGGAAGAGUUGGCAUUCGCCAACCGGAGGGGCUGCUGUUUCUGGCUCCCGUGUUUCGGCUCCGGCCAGUCCGACACGGUCUGGGAGAGGAUAUCUGCGACGCCAGAAAAAGAGGAGACAUCCAGGUGGAGAUGGGAUUGGUGGGACAAAAGCUUGAACGCUUUAAAGAAAAUCAGAGAAUGGUCGGAACUGGUGGCUGGCCCAAAAUGGAAAACGUUCAUUCGCCGGUUUAACAAGACCCGCGGGCUCAAGGGCGGAGGGAAAUUCCAAUAUGAUCCUGUUAGUUACGCUUUGAAUUUCGACGAGGGACCGGGGCCAAAUGGCCCUUUGUUUGGGGAUGAUGAUCGUUUUUUCCGUGAUUUCUCGUCUAGGUUUGCUUUAACUCCCGGGAGGGUAACGGCCAAGUCGCUCGUGGCGGUGGCGGAGGCGGGGAAGGAUGGAAACAGCGUUCACGUGAGUUACACGUGAUGAAUGAAGUUGUUUUAGACGGAUGGGGCCGCUUGCCACGCUGCGCUGAGGGAUGGGCUGCAAGUGCGGCGCACAAUUUGCCAACUUAAGGAGCCUGGAGCCCACGUAACGGGCUCUGACCCGUGUUGUCAAGCGGAUUAGUUGGGAUUUCCUUUUUCUUUUUUCAUUUUCUAUUACACAAAAUUAUGCAUCUCCCAAAUACUUCUCUAUUUCUUGAUUACAUUCAAUCUUUUUUGUACUCUCCUAGCACAGUGUUAAACUGUUUUCUUUUGUAUUUAUAUUUUUGGCUGUGUAGGAGCAAAAAAUAAAGGGGUUGUGGUUUUAUAGGUUGGGAUUAAAUUAUACUUGUAGAAAACAGCGGAAAAGAUUUUGUUUUU